CAGGACUAUAUUAGCUCUAGGUUACUACAUAAGUUUGGACAAACCACCAGCUCGUAUACGCAACGUCAGACUGCCAAACGAACCAUUUAUGCAAUCCAAUGGCUACAAACCAGCUCCUUUGGAUCUCAGCGCCGUAACUCUUACCCCAAAGAUGGAUGAAUUAGUGGAUCAAUUAGCUGAAAACACCCACAAUUUAUGGGCUAGAGAAAGGAUACAGCAAGGGUGGACGUAUGGGCUAAAUGAGGAUCCAGAUAUGAACCGAUCACCUCACUUAGUACCGUAUCCUAAAGUAGAUGACGCCAUCAAAAAAGCAAACAGAGAUACUGCGUCUGAAACAGUACGGACUUUACUCGUUUACGGAUAUAACCUGGAUCCCCCCACUGGGGAACAGCAUGAAGCUUUACUAGCUGAAGCCUCAAGACAAAAGCAAGCAGAGUUCAGAACUUACAGAGCAGAGAAGAACUAUGCAGUUAGCUCGGGAAAAUGGUACUUUGAAUUUGAAAUACUCACUGCAGGACCAAUGAGAGUUGGUUGGGCCCACGCUGACAUGCCCCCAGGUAUGAUGCUGGGACAAGAUGAAAAUUCGUGGGCCUUUGAUGGUUAUAAUGAGGAAAAAGUCUAUUCCGGUAGCGUGGAGUCGUUUGGGAAGCAAUGGGCUGUUGGUGACGUAGUAGGGGUCUUCCUUGAUCUCAUAGACAAGACGAUAAGUUUCUCGCUGAAUGGUGAAUUGCUGAUGGAUGCGUUGGGUGGUGAGACUACAUUUGCGGACGUUCAAGGAGAUAACUUUGUACCCGCUUGCACACUUGGUGUUGGGCAAAAAGCUAGGUUAUCGUAUGGACAGGACGUUAACUCUUUGAAGUAUUUUACAACGUGUGGUCUUCAAGAAGGCUAUGAACCAUUUUGCGUUAACAUGAAACGUGAUGUAACCCAUUGGUACACGAAAGAUCAACCUAUCUUUGAAAACACCGACGAAAUGAUAGACACCAGGAUUGACGUUACUAGAAUUCCCGCAGGGUCAGAUACCCCGCCUUGUUUAAAAAUUUCUCACAAUACUUUCGAAACAAUGGAGAAGGCUAAUUGGGAGUUCUUGCGACUUUCGCUUCCCGUAAUAUGUCAUUCGGAGUUUAUUGAUGAAUCAGAGAAAGCUCGUCGUUGGAUAGAAAUCAAGGAACGUCAACAGGUUCUGAUGAAGGAAGCGACUGAAGCCCAAAUGCCGGCGCACAUUGAUCAAAUCAUGCGCAGUGGAUUCACUAUGAACGAUAUAAAAGGUCUACACUAUGAUGAGAACCAAGAAGAAGUAAAACUGAAGAGGCAGCCUUCACGACCGCCGCGGAAGGGUUCUAUCACUCGCAACGUCACUAUACAGAAUUACAAUUUACAGCCAGGCCAAAAUGGUAUGAACCGAUCGACGAGUGAAGCAGAAAUGUCCAAAUACGAACUCGGAGUCCAAAAUUUGCCGGAAGAUACAAAGAAGGAUAAGAGAGGAAGAUCUCCUUUCAAGUUCUUCAGAAGCAAACGCGGUGAGAGUGGAGACAGGGGCAAAUCGAGAAAGUCCAAAACCCCAGACCCCUACACGACGGAUACUGAGGUGUCGCCAGAUAGGGGCAUGGCCAGGCGUCCUAACCCACAGAUACGGAUAUCGCAAGCAAAUCAGAGGUAUAACGCGCAAAAUAGGAAUAACGGGAUGAAUAUGUACGACAGUCAAGGUGCAUUAAACACCAACUUAACUGUUGCAACUCCGACGCAAGAUCGAAAACAAAUGACAACAGCUACCCUAGACAAGUCCGCCACAGAGACGAUUGGCAAUGAAAUAUUCGACGCCGAGUGCUUGAAACUGAUCAACGAAUACUUUUAUGGUGUCAGAAUAUUCCCCGGUCAAGAUCCAACCCACGUGUAUAUAGGAUGGGUGACGACGCAAUACCAUCUACAUUCAAAAGAUUUCAAUCAAAAUAAAGUGACCAAGUCUUCUGUCAUCAUUACUGAUGAUUACGACAGAGUGAUUGAGAGUGUGAAUCGUCAAUCCUGCUACAUGGUUCGAGCUGAUGAGUUGUACAAUGAGGUGAUGGCUGAAGCCACUGCUAAAGGUGCUUCACAAGGAAUGUUUAUUGGUUGCUCUGUCGACACCUCAACUGGCACUGUCUCCUUUACUUGCGAGGGCAAGGACACGAGUAUUAAAUUUAAGAUGGAACCAGAGACAAAAUUAUUCCCAGCGAUCUUUGUAGAAGCCACGUCAAAGGAGAUCCUUCAAAUUGAGCUUGGAAGAUCCUCCACUAGCUUGCCGCUGAGUGCCGCAGUGCUGCCAACUAGCGACAAACACGUGAAUCCGCAGUUCCCACCUAGAUUGAAAGUUCAGUGCUUGAAACCGCAUCAGUGGGCAAGGGUUCCAAACCAAAGCCUUCAAGUGCACGCCUUGAAGCUUUCCGAUAUCCGCGGUUGGUCUAUGCUAUGUGAAGAUGCGGUUUCUAUGCUGGCUUUACAUAUACCCGAGGAAGAUCGUUGUAUAGAUAUCUUGGAGUUGAUCGAGAUGGACAAACUUUUGAGCUUCCACGCUCACACAUUGACACUAUAUGCGGCUCUCUGCUAUCAGAGUAAUUACAGAGCCGCCCACGCGCUGUGCCAACAUGUUGAUCAAAAGCAACUGCUAUAUGCCAUCCAGUCUCAAUACAUGUCAGGACCUCUUCGUCAGGGAUUCUAUGAUCUACUCAUCGCUCUCCACUUGGAGUCACACGCUACCACUAUGGAGGCCUGUAAAAAUGAGUUCGUCAUACCCCUCGGACCAGAACUCAAAUCGCUCUACGAAGAUCUGGAAAUGUGUCACAGCUUAAGGUCACUGCAGACUGAAAGUGUUCGUCCACAGAUGAACAUGACUAAUAUUGCUGAGAACAUAUCGGACAUAAGCAAUCUCUAUUCCCCUUACUUCCCGUUGGAAGUGGUUCGCGAGUUCGUGAUGCAGGCGUUGGCUGAAGCAGUGGAAACCAAUCAGGUUCACAACAGGGAUCCAACUGGGGGCAGUAAUGAGAACCUCUUUCUACCUCUUAUUAAGCUAGUAGACCGUCUCCUCUUAGUUGGAAUGAUGCGCGAUGAAGAUGUUGAAAAACUUCUCAUCAUGAUUAAUCCUGAGACUUGGGAUCCUACGUUUGAUAAAGAGGGCAAAGACGAGCACAGAAAAGGUCUACUUCACAUGAAAAUGGCCGAAGGAGCUAAGCUGCAAAUGUGCUACUUACUACAGCAUCUCAACGAUAUUCAACUGAGGCACAGAGUAGAAUCAAUAAUUGCGUUCGCGCACGAUUUCGUCGGAGAUCUACAGACUGAUCAGUUAAGGCGUUACACCGAAAUCAAACAGUCGGAUUUGCCGAGCGCUGUCGCUGCUAAGAAGACAAGGGAAUUCCGUUGUCCACCGCGAGAACAGAUGAAUGCUAUAUUAAGCUUCAAACAUAUGGAAGAUGAGGACCCAGAAAAUUGUCCAUGCGGGGAAGACCUGAUCGCUCGUAUGAAUGAAUUCCACGAGGUUUUAAUGUCCCACGUGUCAUUAAGCGCGUUGCAGGAACCAGACGGUGACCAAUCUAAUGAACCAGAAGUAAAACCAGGGGCAUUUGGCAAAAUUUACAACAUCAUCAACACCGUUAAGGAACUAGAAGAUGAACCAAAGGCUAUUGAAGAGGAACCGAGGAAGACGCCAGAGGAGAAGUUCCGCAAAGUACUGAUUCAAACAAUAGUGAACUGGGCUGAAGAGUCGCAGAUAGAGACGCCAAAACUUGUCAGAGAGAUGUUCAGCCUUUUAGUAAGACAAUACGAUGCUGUUGGUGAACUGAUUCGAGCACUAGAAAAGACUUACGUCAUUAACGCUAAAACGAAGCAGGACGUUGCCGAGAUGUGGGUUGGGUUGAGUCAAAUAAGAGCUCUCUUACCAGUCCAAAUGAGUCAAGAAGAGGAGGAGCUGAUGAGGAAGCGAUUAUGGAAACUUGUCAACAACCACACGUUCUUCCAGCAUCCUGAUUUAAUUAGAGUGUUACGCGUUCACGAAAACGUCAUGGCGGUGAUGAUGAACACGUUGGGUCGACGUGCGCAGGCGCAGUCAGAUGCACCAGCUACCUCCCCCCCAACACCCGAAGACAAAGAAAAGGAUACAUCACACGAAAUGGUUGUAGCCUGCUGUCGUUUCCUCUGCUACUUCUGUAGAACGGGCAGGCAGAACCAGAAGGCUAUGUUUGACCAUUUUGACUUUCUCCUCGAGAACUCCAAUAUCCUGUUAUCCAGGCCUUCGUUGAGAGGUUCGACGCCGCUUGAUGUCGCCUACUCUAGUUUAAUGGAGAACACGGAAUUGGCUUUGGCGUUGAGGGAGCACUAUCUAGAAAAGAUUGCUGUAUAUUUGUCACGCUGUGGACUGCAAAGUAACUCCGAGCUGAUAGAGAAAGGGUAUCCUGACCUGGGUUGGGAUCCAGUUGAAGGCGAACGAUAUCUGGACUUCUUAAGAUUCUGCGUUUGGGUUAACGGUGAAAGCGUAGAAGAAAAUGCCAAUUUAGUCAUCCGUCUUCUAAUAAGAAGACCAGAGUGUUUAGGACCGGCGUUAAGAGGUGAAGGCGAAGGUCUGCUUAAGGCUAUAGUAGACGCAAAUAAAAUGAGUGAAAGAAUCGCAGAUAGAAGAAAGCUAAGGGACUUAGAACAGGAAGGAGAUAUUACGUUCAGUCACCCAUUACCGGAAUCUGAUGAAGAUGAGGACUAUAUAGACACAGGUGCCGCCAUACUAAAUUUCUACUGUACUCUUGUGGACUUGCUGGGUCGUUGCGCGCCAGAUGCAUCUGUUAUCGCUCUUGGCAAAAACGAGUCGCUUAGAGCUCGUGCUAUCCUACGUUCAUUGGUACCGCUGGAAGACCUGCAAGGAGUUCUAAGUUUGAGGUUUACUCUGAACAAUCCAGCCGCCGGAGAGGAAAGACCAAAGUCGGAUAUGCCAUCUGGAUUAAUACCAGGACACAAGCAAAGCGUAGGGCUCUUCUUAGAACGAGUGUACGGCAUUGAGACACAAGAACUCUUCUAUCGUCUUCUAGAAGAAGCUUUCUUGCCUGAUCUUCGAGCGGCGACAAUGCUGGACAGAAACGAUGGUUGCGAGUCUGACAUGGCCCUAUCAAUGAACAGAUAUAUUGGAAACUCAAUUUUGCCGCUUCUUAUUAAACACGCGAACUUCUACAAUGAAGCUGAAAACUACGCUAGUUUGUUGGAUGCUACUCUUCAUACCGUUUAUCGGUUAUCCAAGAACCGUAUGUUAACAAAGGGACAGAGAGAAGCGGUGUCAGAUUUCCUAGUCGCCCUCACAUCGGCCAUGCAGCCUUCCAUGUUGCUGAAGUUGCUACGAAAAUUGACAGUUGACGUGUCACGGCUCUCGGAAUAUACUACAGUUGCUUUGAGGCUAUUGACACUCCACUACGAGCGUUGUGCUAAGUACUACGGCAGCACAAGCGGCCAAGGAUCCUAUGGCUCGUCUUCGGAUGAAGAAAAGAGACUUACCAUGAUGCUGUUCUCCAAUAUAUUCGACUCGCUCAGCAAAAUGGACUACGAGCCAGAAUUGUUCGGCAAAGCUCUGCCUUGUUUGAUCGCUAUCGGGUGUGCUCUCCCGCCAGACUAUUCACUCUCUAAAAACUAUGAUGACGAGUUUUAUGGAAAAGAAACUCAAGCUACAGAUAACCCACAAUACGAUCCACAACCGAUAAACACUUCUUCGGUAGCUCUGAACAACGACCUGAACACUAUUGUACAGAAGUUUUCUGAACAUUACCACGACGCUUGGGCGUCCAGAAAAAUUGAGAACGGCUGGGUCUACGGUGAUUCCUGGUCGGAUAGUCAGAAAACACAUCCACGUCUGAAACCCUACAAUAUGCUGAAUGAUUAUGAGAAAGAACGUUAUAAGGAACCAGUGCGUGAGUCUUUGAAAGCGCUCUUGGCUAUCGGCUGGUCAGUAGAACACUCCGAAGUGGACAUCCCUACCAAUAAUAGAAGUUCCAUGAGAAGACAGUCUAAGACUGGAAUCGAUUCAGCAACUCCAUUCAAUUACAAUCCUCACCCAGUGGACAUGACUAAUCUUACUCUAUCGAGGGAGAUGCAGAAUAUGGCUGAAAGAUUAGCUGAGAAUGCCCACGACAUCUGGGCUAAGAAGAAGAAGGAGGAACUGGUAACUAAUGGUGGAGGAAUACACCCUCAGCUUGUCCCAUACGACCUACUAACCGACAAAGAAAAGAAGAAGGAUCGCGAACGGUCUCAGGAGUUUCUAAAAUACCUCCAGUACCAAGGGUACAAAUUACACAGACCCAGUAAAGCAACACAAAGUGACACGGAACAAGCCGCUACUGGUGUUUCAAUAGAGCUUAGAUUCGCGUACUCGUUGCUGGAAAAGUUAAUCCAAUAUAUAGAUAGAGCUACUAUCAACAUGAAGCUCUUGAAACCAUCGACUACCUUCAGCAGAAGAUCCAGUUUUAAGACUAGCACGAGGGAUAUUAAAUUUUUCUCCAAGGUGGUUCUCCCGCUGAUGGAGAAGUAUUUCUCCACACACCGCAACUACUUCAUAGCAGUGGCUACAGCUACAAACAACGUCGGUGCUGCUAGUUUAAAAGAGAAAGAAAUGGUUGCAGCUUUAUUCUGCAAAUUGGCUAGUCUAUUGAGAUCGAGGUUAGCAGCUUUUGGCCCUGAUGUACGAAUAACAGUUCGCUGCCUUCAAGUGCUGGUGAAAGGUAUCGAUGCCAAGUCGCUAGUGAAGAACUGCCCAGAGUUCAUUAGAACUUCCAUGUUGACAUUCUUCAAUAACUUGGCUGAUGAUCUGGGACAUACGAUCUCGAAUUUACAAGAGGGCAAAUAUGCACACCUGCGUGGAACCCAUUUGAAAACAUCUACCUCAUUGGGCUACAUAAACGGAGUGAUGCUACCAGUGUUAACGGCAAUGUUCGACCAUCUUGCAAACUGCGAAUAUGGAGCUGAUUUACUGCGUAAGUUAUUCUUUGAUUCAGCAUCUCUUCCCACCCGCCAUUUACCCCCCUAA